CAAACCAAAAUUCAACAAUGAUCAUUACCAGCCAUGAGCGUCGUAGCAAAAGGGCGGCGAGGAGCCCUGCGGCAAUGGUCUUUGGCGGGUUCCGUUGGGCUGUUGGCUCGCCCGCACUCCCUUUCCCACUCACGCUCGUUUUCCUUCCUCUCUCAGACCACCUCCGAUUGUUUCCUCUUCUGUUUUAAACCUCGCUGUCAAUUCUUUUUAUUUCUUUUCUUUCUUUUCCAUCGCCCACCUACUGUUGGUGUGUCUUCGAACUUUCUCAACAGUCUUGAGUGUUUGACCUGCUUUCUCAAACCCAGUGAAGUCAGGUGUUUGUGCCAGAACCCAAGAAACUUGCCGCACGUAGCACCGUCGUCAUUGCAGUCCGGCAAAAAUGGGCGCAUAUCGUUUGGAGGAGGCGAGCAGCAGCCGUGCCGGCUGCCAGAACAAGGAAUGCAAGGACGCCAAAAUCAAGAUCGCCAAGGGGGAGCUCCGUCACGGCAGCUGGGUCGAAGCAGGCGAUUACCAGAGCUGGAAAUGGCGUCACUGGGGCUGUGUCACGCCGAAUGUCAUCCAGAAUCUGAAGGAUGCUAUCAAGGACAUAAGUGGUGGGGAUGAGACGGAUUGCUCGGCUCUCGAUGGCUUUGAUGAGCUUUCUGAGGAGAAUCAAGACAAGGUUCGUCGGGCGUUGGAGCAGGGGCAUGUUGAUGAUGAGGAUUGGAAGGGGGAUGUUGAAGUCAACCGUCCUGGUAUGAAUGGCUUCCGUUCGAAGGCCACUAAAAAGGAGGCUGCGGCUAAGAAGAAGGCUCAGGCCAAAGCUGACGAGGAGGAUGAGGCGGAGCCUACCCCCAAGAGCAAGAAGCGCAGUCGUGCUCAGCCCAAGAAAGACCCUAAGGUUGAGGCUGAGGCCGACGGUGAGCAGCAGGAGCACGAAGAAGAAGCACCCAAGCCUAAGCGAUCCAGGAAGAGCGCUCAACCUAAGCCUGUAUCUGAUGAAGACGAGGAAGAGGAGCUCAAGCCGAAGACUUCCAAGCGCGGUCGUCCAGCCAAAUCCAAGGCCGCUGUCGAGGAAGCCGACGAGGAGCCUGCUGCCGCUAAGAAGAAGGCCGCGAAGAAGCCGACCAAGGCCGCUGCUGAUACUGCUGACGAUGAGGAGAAGCCUAAGCGGGGCCGGAAGAAGAAGGCUGCUUGAUCUUGAUGCUCGCGUAUUCACCAGGACGUUGCUGUCUUCGUCGAAGCAUCUUCCCACCUCAAGUACAUUCUCUUACUGUCUAUGAUCUGCUAAUAGUGUUGUUACUGUUGUUCUGUCAUGGUAUGUCCGGUAGCGAUCAUCCUGUUUCAUGUCAUGUAUCUGGGGCCUACUUUAUCUGCAUGCUUGCAUUUCUUUUCCUAUUUUACGGCGUGGAGCGAUGUGCUCAGAGGGCGUGCUUCUUUCUGUUGUGUGGCAAGAAGCUGCUCAUGAUUGUUGCUCAUGAUCAUCAGUCUAUAUCUUAGGUUGUACGUAUAACGUCUUGGGGGCUUUUAUCCCUGCCUGGGCUACCGAGCCUGGUUGUAGCCUGGAAGUACUGCUACGAUAAAUACACUGCACUAGCCGAAAAUCAAGCAC